AUAAUAUCUCUGCCCCCUCCAACCUCAGAAAAACAAUCUCCUGCUGCCGUCCUACACACCAAGGCAACAUUCUCCUACUCACACUCUCACUUGCACCGCUCCACUUCGCCAUGGCCACGCUCGCCAAGCACCUCAUCCUAUGCUCCUCCUCCACCACCACCUCCACCUCAUCCUCCUCGUCCCCCUCGCGCCGCCGCCGCCGCCCGGUGCCUCCUAACGCCGCGGACAACCAAGCCCCGCAGUCUGCCACCCGCAGGCUGGCGGUCGCCGCGUCCACUGCGCUGGCUGCCACUACCGCGCUGAACGCGCGGCGCCCGGCGGCGCCGCCCCCCGCGAUGGCCGCAGAGGCGGCCGCGGUGCCCAUCGCGCCGACGCCCCCCGGGACUGUGCCGCGGUGGGGCACGCGGUCGUACGUGAGGGAGCGGUUCUUCGAGCCGGGGCUGACCGCGGAGGAGGCGGCGGCGCGCAUCCGGCAGACCGCGGAGGGGAUGCGGACGCUGCGGCCCAUGCUGGAGACCAUGUCGUGGAAGUACGUGCUCUUCUACGUGCGGCUCAAGUCCAAGUACCUCGACCUCGACCUCACCACCGCCAUGGCCGGCGUCCCCGAGGGGCGCCGCUCCGACUACGUCCGCGUCGCCAACGAGCUCGUCGACAACAUGACAGAGUUCGAUCGGUUUGUGCGGGCUCCCAAGGUCUACGAGUCCUACCUCUACUACGAGAAGACGCUCAAGUCGCUGGAUGAUGUUGCAGCGUUCCUUGCUUGAUGUACAUACUUUUAUAAGUAGACCUAGGAAUGUAAUACCAUUUGGUUAUGGAUGAAGGUUUUAAAUAUUUUUUACAGAAAACCUGAUUAUUAGCACUA